AGUGUUGAAUCUAGGAAACUGUCUUGGGACACACUUCAGAUUGCUUUGAAAUUCUGCGUUCCAUCUCCAUGAGCCACCAUUGGACUGCACAAUGACACCGAGAAUGGGACCCAGUUUGACCAUGCUGUUGGCAAUGUGGCUGGUAUGCAGCUCAGAAUCCCACUCCCAGACCACAAAGCAGGGGAGACAAGGAAGCCGCAGAGCACCUCUCCUUCCCGCAGUCAACAGUAGGCCAGUUCGGUUUCUGAGGCACACGGGGAGGUCUCGGGGAAUGGGCAGAACCACUGUGGAAGAAGCAAAUCUGCAACCUCUUCCCAAAAGGAGCCUGCCCGUAAUGAGGCUAGGCCAGACAACAGCGAUGCCAGCCACACUGGCUAUCCAGGGGGCCCUGAAGAGAGCUGGGCAAAGACCCACAGCCGGCAACCCAAGGCGAGAGAUGGUCCGAGAUGAGGGCUCGUUAGCUAGGACCAGAACUUUGCGCUUCCCCUCGGGCUCCAGCUCGCCCAACAUCCUGGCCAGCUUUGCAGGGAAGAAUCGCGUAUGGGUCAUCUCAGCCCCACACGCCUCUGAUGGCUACUACCGCCUGAUGAUGAGCCUCCUGAAGGACGAUGUCUAUUGUGAACUGGCUGAAAGGCACAUCCAGCAGCUGGUGCUGUUCCACCAGGCAGGCGAGGAGGGAGGUAAGGUGCGAAGGAUCACCAGCGAAGGCAGCAUCCUGGAGCAACCUCUGGACCCCAGCCUUGUCCCCAAGCUCAUGAGCUUCCUGAAGCUGGAGAAAGGCAAGUUCGGCAUGGUGCUAUUGAAGAAGACCUUGCAGGUAGAGGAACGUUACCCAUAUCCUGUCAGGCUGGAAGCCAUAUACGAGCUCAUCGACCAGGGCCCCAUCCGCAAGAUAGAGAAGAUCCGCCAGAAGGGUUUUGUGCAGAAAUGCAAGGCCUCUGGGCUGGAGGGCCAGGUGGUGGCAGAGGAGGACAACAACUACAAUGCAGGCGCUGGGAAGCCGGGCCAGAGCGGUGAGAAGAGGAAAGAAGAUUCAAGGCGAGUACAAGUCCUCCCAACCCGGGACAAUAGUAGGCCCAAGAUCUGGAGAAAGCCUGUCACCACCACUGCUGGUUCUCCCCCAUCACCCCCUAUGCCCAGAGUCACCACGUUGCCACCUGUUCCAGUCACAACAGCCACUCGCACCACUGUAGCUGCAAGACCCACGGCUACCAGCACGGCCAUUCCGACCACUCAAAGGCCCUGGACAGCCCGGGUGAACCCUUCCUUAGAUAGCCACAGGGCCCCAGCCACCAAUGAAGUGACCACUGUUAGAGGGUCCAUGGUCUCAGAGAAUCUCUACCCUCCCACCAGGAAGGAGCAACACAGGGAGAGGCCACAGACCACCCGGCGGCCAGGCAAGGCCACCAGCUUGGAGAGCUUCACGACCGCCCCUGCCACGACGACUGUCUCAGAGCAAAGCACCCAAGGUGGCACUGGCCGCUUCAAGGACAACCGCACUGACAGGCGUGACCCUACUACUCCAGGGCGUCACAAGCCAGCAAAGACGAAGCCACCCAAAAAGAAGGCCCAAGACAAAAUUCUCAGUAAUGAGUAUGAAGAUAAGUAUGACCUCAGUCGGCCAACCGCCUCUCAACUGGAAGAGGUGCUGCAGGUGGGGAAUGUCCCCCCUCAGAAAGCAAAGGAAACUAAAAAGCAUGAAAAGCUUGAGAAACCGGAGAAGGAGAAGAAGAAAAAGGUAAAGAAUGAGAAAGCAGACAAGUUGCUCAAGAGUGAGAAGCCAGUGAAGAAGGACAAGACUGAGAAAAAGAACAAGCAGGAGAAAGAAAAGAGCAAGAAGAAAAAGGCAGACAAAACAGAGCAGGAUGGCUAUUUAAAACCUACCACCAGACACUUCACACAGAGUCCUAGGAAGUCGGUGACUGACCUGCUGGGAGUCUUUGAAGGCAAAAGAAGACUCUUACUGAUCACUGCUCCUAAGGCUGAGAACAAUAUGUAUGUACAACAGCGAGAUGAGUAUCUGGAAAGUUUUUGCAAGAUGGCCACGAGGAAAAUCUCGGUGAUCACCGUCUUUGGCCCAGUCAACAACAGCACCAUGAAAAUCGACCACUUCCAGCUAGAUAAUGAGAAACCUAUGCGAGUGGUGGAUGAUGCGGAUUUGGUAGAUCAGCAUCUUAUCAGUGAGCUGAGGAAAGAGUAUGGAAUGACCUACAAUGACUUCUUCAUGGUGCUCACAGACUUGGACAUGAGAGUUAAGCAAUACUAUGAGGUGCCUAUAACAAUGAAGUCUGUAUUUGAUUUGAUUGAUACGUUCCAGUCCCGAAUCAAAGACAUGGAAAAGCAGAAGAAGGAAGGGAUUGUUUGUAAAGAAGACAAGAAGCAGUCCUUGGAGAACUUUCUAUCUAGGUUUCGUUGGAGGAGGCGGUUGCUUGUGAUCUCUGCUCCUAAUGAUGAAGACUGGGCCUAUUCACAACAGCUCUCUGCCCUCAGUGGUCAGGCAUGCAAUUUUGGUCUGCGCCAUAUUACCAUUUUGAAGCUUUUAGGUGUAGGAGAAGACGUUGGAGGAGUUUUAGAACUGUUUCCAAUUAAUGGGAGCUCUGUUGUUGAACGAGAAGACAUACCAGCUCAUUUGGUGAAAGACAUACGCAACUAUUUUCAAGUGAGCCCAGAGUAUUUCUCCAUGCUUCUAGUUGGAAAAGACGGAAAUGUAAAAUCCUGGUAUCCUUCGCCAAUGUGGUCCAUGGUGAUUGUGUACGAUUUAAUUGAUUCCAUGCAACUCCGCAGACAAGAAAUGGCCAUUCAGCAGUCACUGGGGAUGCGGUGUCCGGAUGAUGAGUAUGCAGGAUAUGGUUACCAUAGUUAUCACCAAGGCUAUCAGGAUGGAUAUCAGGAUGACUACCGUCAUCAUGAGAGCUAUCAUCAUGGAUACCCUUACUGAACAGAAAUAUGUGACCUUUCUCCUAGCCCAUUUCCUCUGCUGCUGUUAAACCCACAUGUGGCCAGCCAUGUAAAGAAAUUCUUCCACAAUGCCUAGUCUCCUGC